AUGGGCAACAUCUGCUCCCGCUCCUCGAACGAGGACGAAGCCUUCGCCGGCCCUGGUCGUGUCGUGGGUGCCCCACCGGCUGGACAGUCGGCAGCGCCGCGCGCCUCUGUUCCUGCCAGCACAACCUGGAAGAACACCCCAGGGCGGACACUAGGAGAGAGCUCCCCGCACCAAGGCGACGGUGACGAGGCGAGGUCGAAUGCUGCGAUAGCUGCGCAGGCGAACUUGAGAUUGGCCUUGCAGAAACGAGCUGAAGCAUUAUCUUCCACAAACAAAGGGAAACUAGGCACCAAGCUUGCUGCGCAGAAAGCCAAGACUCAAACACAGACGUUGAACGAGGCGAGUCAUGCCGAGCUGGCCGCGCGCGACGAUGCGGAGGUGCGAAAGGCCACAGAGUGGAAUUAG